AUGAGUGAUAAACAGUUGUAUAAGUUUAAUAUGAAUACAAAUAUGUUUCUGAAUGUAGCCAUUGUGAUUCUGUGUCUGACAGCAACUCUAGAGGCACUGGACAGGGAACAUUGCUUGAUAGAAAACAUAGAAGGAUGCGAACUCGGACGUCCACCAAUUUACAUGAUUAUGGCACCACGGCGCAUUCGAGCAGAACAAGUGUUUCAGGUGUUUGCCACACUCUUGAGAAUGGAGUUUGGCCAGGAGUCUAUAAACAUACGUGUGUCAGUUGUCCGUGAGGACAAAGAGUAUGCCAGUAGCAUUGUGAGAUUUGACCGACCUUCUAGUCGGAUUGUGCAGUUACAGAUGCCUUCCAAUGCAGAGCAUGGGCAGUAUAAAUUGAGAAUAGAAGGAAAACUGGACGAGAGAAUCAGUGGAAAUAUAUUCUCUAAUGAAACAGACAUUGAGUUCUCCACCAAGAGAGCUUCCCUGUUUAUACAGAUGAGCAAGCCGAUUUAUCGACAGGAGCAGACUGUUCACUUCAGAGUGAUUCCAAUCCAACCAGACAUGAUGCCGAAGUACGGAAACCUCAUAAUCUACAUUGAGGACCCAACUGGAAUUGCUGUCAGGCGUUGGCAAGGUCUGCAGUCAAAUGCUGGGGGCAUCAUAAGUCAGCAGUUUCGCUUGUCAGACCAGCCAAACUAUGGGACUUGGAACAUUCGUGUUGAUGCCUUUGGACAGACAUACAGGAGGCCUUUUAUAGUGGAGGAAUUUUGGGAACCACGAUUUGAUGUGAAUGUUACAGCGCCAGCAUAUAUCGUGGAUAAUGACACUUUUGUUGUUAAAGGUCAUAUAUUAGCAAAUCAAACAAGUGGCAGGCCAUGUAGAGGCAAUGCUUCAGUCACUGCUUUCUUUCUGCCACGUGAGGACAUCUGGAAUGCAACACGAGGUUGGGAGAAGCCUUACAAGGAUGCCUUGAAGAACAAGAACAGCCAGACAGCGGGAGUCCCAUUGGAGGUUCCAGAGUAUAAAGAUAUGAAGGAUAUUUCAGUGAAAGAUUACCACUUGUAUUUUGCUUAUGAAUACAGGUUUAUAGAAUAUUAUGAUGGUCACUUUGAGUUUGAGUGGACAAGAGAUGAGCUUCUUCGCAUCGCCUCUCGUGGCGGGGAGCAGAAGACCCUUGUGGACUCAGAAGUAACAUUCUUUGCAAACGUCACUGAUUGGUACUCUGGGAUCAACCGAACCGGGUGGGCAAGUACUAUUAUUUACAGUAACAAGAUCAAGUUGCGGUGGAUCGGGGGGAAUGUUCGGACAUUCAAGCCAGGAUCUAUAUUGAAAGUUCAGGUUGCUGUCUCACAAUAUGAUGGUAGACCGGUCCACGAUGGCGGGUCGGUGACUUUGGUACCAGCCAUCUCUAAUGCGGAUGGACAAGUCGGCAUGUAUUCCAACAGUGCACAGACUAGUCCUGUCAUUGGUGGCAUUGCUCAGUUUGAUGUCUUCCUACAGACUUCUGCUCAGAGAUUUUCUCUGACUGCUACGUAUCAGGACCCAACUGAAGUCAUGUCGCGGAAUGUUCACCUCAACCCAAACUUUGUGACUAGUAGCCAGCCCGCAAGUAUCCAGAUGUUGGGGAGCAAAUAUUACUCACCAACCAAUUCUUUCAUUUCAGUAACAACCUCCACUUACCACCCUCAAGUGAAUGAAUUCAUGAUAUUCCAUGUCACAGUCAGCCACUUUGUCCCACGGAUAUUUUUCCAGAUUGUGUCGCAGUCAAACAUCAUAGAUGGAUAUGAGCUAGAGAUGACAACCAGACAAAAGACGUUCUCUAUUGGACUCUCUCGGGCAAUGGUGCCAAUGGCUCGCAUUGUUGUUUAUUACAUCAGAGAGCCAGAGGAGAUAGUUUCUGAUGUCAUGACAUUCUUUGUCAAUGGUACCCACCAGAAUGAGGUCAGGCUUGGAAUCAAUCGUGGUAAAGAUUUCACUCGAAACACAGUUGAAUUCAAUGCAGAAGCUGAUCCAGGUUCCUAUCUGGCAUUUAGUGGCAUGCUGGUUGAUCUCUACAACCGAGGACUAAAUGAUGGCAUUACAGAGUAUAAGCUGAUUGACGAACUGAUGUCCUACGACGAGCCAGCAAAUCACAGCUACAAGCAGUUGUGGCGAGUCGGAGACUCCGAGUAUGAAUACAACUUCUUCCAUGGUUAUGACUACGGCACUGACGCAAACACAACUUUCCAUAGUGCAGGGCUCAUAGUUCUAACAGAUGCUGACCUCAUUCGAAUACCAAAUGCCAAUGUUUGUAGAUCCGAUGCAGACCAGUUUCCUUGCUUCUCCGGGAUUGAAAGUGAAUGUUAUCAUGCUUCACAACGCUGUAAUGGGUUGUUUGAUGGUUGCCCAAGUGAUGGCGCUGAUGAAUGGGGAUGUGUUUAUGAGGAGGUACAGAUGAUGCAUAAGUCACCACUUGAUAGAAUCAGCCGUGUCAUGCGUCACUAUGACAACAGCAGCUGGGCCUGGCAAGAAAUCUUUGUCAAGCCGGAUGGACGUGUGGAUUUCCGUGUUGACGUACCUAAAUAUCCCCUGACCUGGGUUAUCAAUGGCGUCUCCAUCAGCAGAGAUCUCGGUCUGGGCAUCAUGAAACACCCUGUUAAGUACGAUGUGACUCGGUACAUGUACAUUCAAGUGGAACAUCCCACAACCAUUGCAUGGGGAGAGCAGGUGGGCGUGAGGAUCACCGUGUUUAAUUACUGGUAUGAGGAUGAUUACAUUGAGGUCCUGAUUACGAUGCAUCCUGGAGACCACAUGCAGGCAGUUACUGUGGGAGAAAUGGGCUACGUCACAUCAUAUUCACCCAACACACACAAGGGAGAGCACCAGACUCUUGUAUUUCUGGAACCUGGCGAGUCCAAAGACAUCUACAUCCCUAUUGUGGUUGACAAGGAGCUUCAUGAGAACCUGGUGAACUUCCGUGUCACUGCAACUUGUUUUCUUGAGCGAGAUGAAUACGUAGGAACUAUGAAUCUCAAGCCGAAUGGAGUGAUGAACUACUACCAUACACCAUAUCUGAUCGACCUGAUCCGUUUCCCAUCCAUUGACAUCCCACAAUUCAAGGUCAAUGUUCCAGAAUACUACAGAAAGCAGUUGGUUAGGGAGAACUUAUACGUGCCUUGGUCAUCAGUCGCAAUGAAUACCAUAUAUGGUGAUGUUGUGGGCCCUGGCUUCUUUGAAGAUUACCUGAAUGCAGAGAACACACUGUACCGCCCCUACGGCAGCGGUGAGAUGGUGACCUUCAACUUUGCAUAUAACCUGCUGAUACUAAAGUUUAUGAGGUCGUCCAAUCAGCUGGACUUUGAUGAAACCAAAACGGUGCUGAAAGAGCUGAAUGUGGUGCUGCAGAGGAUAUUCAGCUACAUGAAUGCAGAAGAUGGCUCAUUCAAAAUGUUCAGAGAUGAUGCAAAAUCUAACGUCUGGUUAACAGCAUUCAUAGGAAAGACAUUGGCUCAGGCUGGCGUUGUCGGCGACUGGGAGCAGGACCUGUACAUCCCACAAAUUCUGGUGGCACAGAUUGUGGAGUACAUUUGUACGCAGCAAAAUCUCACAACAGGGGCCUUUGAUCCACACCCUGAUGACUUGGCUUACGACAGAAAGCUGAGCUCCCUGCGCGACAUGAAGGAUGACUUGAUGGUCACCCACAGAGUCCCCCUGACAGCUUAUGUUCUGAUUGCCCUGAGUGAGAUGACGGACUUCAUUAAGGGAACAUCGUCAUGCAUUGAAAGGGCCAAGACAAAUGCAGCAGCCUUCCUGCAGAAGCAGAUGUACUCUCUCUCACAGGAGGAUAUAUUCUUCAUGGCCAUCACAGCCUACGCUUUGACCUUGACGUCCGUGCAGAAUGACCUUGUUGAUAAACUCUGGCUUCUGAGGCGCAAUGACU